AUGGAGAAACCUUGUGAUCAAAUGGAAAGUGGUGAUGAGGAGCAGAAGCAGCAGCAUCAUGUCACAAGCAAAAAGGGUGGUCUUAAGACCAUGCCUUUUGUCAUAUCAAAUGAGACAUUUGAGAAAGUUGCAAGCAUUGGCCUUCUGGCAAAUAUGAUUUUGUACUUGAAAAAUGAAUAUCACAUGUCUAAUGCCACCGGAGCUAACGUGCUAUUCCUAUGGUCUGCAAUUUCCAAUUUCACGCCAAUCCUUGGGGCCUUUCUCUCUGAUUCUUUCCUUGGCCGCUUUCGUGUCAUUGCACUCGGAACAUUCAUCAGCCUUCUUGGAAUGAGCUUAUUAUGGUUAACUGCAGUCCUUCCACAAGUAAGGCCUCCCGAUUGCAACAGUCAGAUUGUACAAAGUUGUGCCUCCCCAAAACCAGCUCAGCUGGCGCUUCUCUUCUCCUGUUUUGCUCUUAUGUCCAUUGGAGCCGGUGGGAUUAGGCCAUGUUCCAUGGCCUUCGGUGCUGACCAGUUCGACAAUCCUAGCAACCCCAAAAACGAUAGGAUCUUGCAAAGCUUCUUCAACUGGUAUUAUGCUUCAGUUGGAAUAUCAAUCAUGAUUUCGAUCACUGUUAUUGUCUACAUUCAAGAUAAAGCCGGGUGGGCUGUAGGCUUUGGAGUUCCCGCAGGGCUCAUGCUGAUCUCGACAGUCAUGUUCUUAUUGGGAUCACCACUUUACAUCAAAAUGAAGCCAAACAAGAGUUUGUUUAAAAGCUUUGCCCAAGUCAUAGCGGCAGCUUGGAAAAACAGACACUUGGCUUUGUCACCAAUGGACUCUAAUGGAGGAAUACGGUACUAUCACAAAGGUUCCAAGCUUAUUGCACCAACAGAAAAACUAAGGUUUCUUAACAAAGCUUGUGUGAUUAGAAACCCCGAGAAGGACUUAGACUUGGAUGGUUGGGCUAUAGAUCCAUGGAAUCUCUGCACGGUAAGAAAAGUUGAAGAGCUGAAAGCAUUGAUCAAAGUUCUCCCCAUUUGGUCUACUGGGAUCAUGAUUGCCGUAACCAUAAGCCAACACUCAUUUCCAGUGCUCCAAGCGACUGUCAUGGACAGGCACUUGUUUGCAGCACGAGGCUUAGAAAUUCCGGCAGGUUCCUUUGGCGUGUUCGCAAUGAUUACUUUGACAAUAUGGGUAUCAAUCUAUGAUCGAAUUAUAGUUCCCUUGCUAUCCAAAUUCACUAAACGAUCAAGAGGACUUACCCUGAAAGAACGAAUGGGCCUGGGGUUGGCAAUCUCGUGUGUGGCAACAGCAGUUGCAGCUACAGUGGAGAGCAAGCGGCGAGCUGCAGCGAUCAGACAAGGAUUGGCUGAUCAUCCCUAUUCAAAGGUGCACAUGUCUGCAAGGUGGUUAGUGCCACAAUACUGCCUUAUUGGAUUAGCCGAGGGUCUCAAUGCAAUCGGACAAAUAGAGUUCUACUAUUCUCAGUUCCCUAAGAGCAUGGCUAGCAUUGGAGUGGCUCUUUUUUCCCUUGGAAUGGGUGUGGGAAACUUGGUUGGGAGUCUUAUAGUUGAAAUUUUAAAUAGGGAGACCAAAAAACAUGGAAAAGUGAGUUGGGUGUCAAACAACCUUAAUAAGGGUCAUUAUGACUAUUACUAUUGGCUUCUUACAAUUCUGAGUGUGAUCAAUGUCGUCUACUACUUGGUCUGUAGUUGGGCUUUUGGAUCUUCUGAUGAGAACAAAAUAAUGUGGAAUGAAGGGGAAGGCAUAGAGGAGGAAGAACUGCAUGACCAGCAUGCCAAGGGAUCCCCCAUUGUUUUUGCCCUUUGA